CUGAAGUGAAGUUGAUGUUGUGUGUUUGUGUCUCUGUGUUCAUGCAGUAAAAUGGCAGAAGCCAGAGUUUCUCAGGAUGAGUUCAAGUGUGCAGUGUGUCUGGAUCUCCUGAAGGAUCCAGUGACCAUUCCCUGUGGACACAGUUACUGUAAGAGCUGUAUUACAGGCUGCUGGGAUCAGGAGGAUCAGAUGAGAGUCUACAGCUGCCCUCAGUGCAGACAGACCUUCAGUCCAAGACCUGCUUUAGCUAGAAACACCAUGCUGGCUGAAGUGGUGGAGAAACUGAAGAAGACCAAACUCUCUGCUGACUGUGACGCUGGAGCUGGAGAUGUGCAGUGUGACGUCUGUACUGGAAGAAAAUACAAAGCUGUCAAGUCCUGUCUGGUGUGUCUGAACUCUUACUGUCAGAAUCACCUCGAACAACAUGAGAGUUUCUUUAAAGGAAAGAGACACAAUUUGACUGAAGCCACUGGACGACUGCAGGAGAUGAUCUGCCAGAAACAUGAGAAGCUCCUCGAGGUUUUCUGUCGCACUGACCAGGAAUGUAUAUGUAUGCUGUGUACGAUUAUUGAACAUAAAAACCACGACACUGUAUCAACUGCAGACCAGAGGACAGAGAAACAGAAGCAGCUGAAGGAGACGCAGAAGACGCUCCAGCAGAGAAUCCAGCAGAGAGAGAAAGAUCUCCAGCAGCUGAGAGAGACUGUGGAGUCUCAUAAGCGCUCUGCACAGACAGCAGUGGAGGACAGUGAGAGGAUCUUUACUGAGCUCAUCCGCUCCAUUGAGAGAAGCCGCUCUGAGCUGAUACGGCUGAUCAGAGAUCAGGAAAAGCAAGCAGUGAGUCGAGCUGAAGGACGACUGGAGCGACUGGAGCAGGAGAUCAAUGAUCUGAGGAGGAGAGACGCUGAGCUGGAGCAGCUUUCACACACACAGGAUCACAUCCAGUUCCUGCAGAGUUUCCAGUCUCUCUCAGCUCCUCCUGAAUCUACAGACGUAGAUGAUGAUCUCUUCAGUUCUCUCUUCUCUUUUGAUGAUCUGAGAGAAUCUGUCCAUCAGCUGAGAGACAAACUGGAGGAUUUCUGCAAAGAGGAGCUCAAGAAGAUCUCAGACAGAGUCACAUUCACCAACAUUGUUCCCAGAACCAGGAACCACUUCCUACAAUAUUCCCAUCAGCUCACUCUGGAUCUGAACACAGCGCAUAAACGCCUCCGUCUGUCUGAGAACAACAGAGUGAUUACUGUCACUGGCACAUAUCACCUGUAUCCUGAUCAUCCAGACAGAUUUGAUGAGUGGUGUCAGGUGUUGUGUGGAGAGAGUGUGUGUGGACGCUGUUACUGGGAGAUUGAGUGGAGUGGAAAUAAUGUGCGUAUAUCAGUGUCAUAUAAGAGCAUCAGCAGGAAGGGACGGAGUGUUAAGUGUGGGUUUGGAUAUAAUAAUCAGUCCUGGAGUUUGUUCUGCUCUCCCUCCAGAUACUCAUUCAGACACAAUAACAUAUGGACUGAUCUCUCUGUGAAGUCCAUCAGCAGGAGAAUAGGAGUGUAUGAUGAUGAUGAUGAUGAUGAUGAUGAUGAUGAUGUCAGUAGAAUAGGAGUGUUUGUGGAUCACGGUGCAGGAACUCUGUCCUUCUACAGCGUCUCUGACACAAUGAGCCUCAUCCACACAGUCCAGACCACAUUCACUCAGCCGCUCUAUCCUGGGUUUAAUGUUGGUUAUAAAUCAUCAGUGAAACUGUGUUGAUGAAUCAGAAUAGACUGAUGAGGGAUUCUACCCAUAAUGCUUUGAGCUGCAUGAUGAAUCAGUAACAGUGAGAUGUUAUAGAGUCUCUUCUUUUCUCUUCAUGACAUUAAUACUGCAGCUGAACUUCUGUCACUGAAAUAACUAAAUGUGUAAUAAAUGCUCAUAUAGUCAGUAAGAUCAGUGUGUGUGUGUGAGUGUGUGUGUGAGUGAGUGUGUGAGUGAGUGAGUGUGUGUGUGUGUGUGUGUGUGUGUGUGAGUGUGUGAGUGUGUGAGU